CACUUAUGCAUGAACUAUCUCCCGAAUGAAAAAUUUGUGACUUGUAAACUUCUACAUUCAAUAUGGUAUCUUGGUGCUGCAUUGUGCAUAGCUGGUGCAGAAGGUAUCUUCGUCCUUCGCACCUAUGCAUUAUGGGGAAACAAGAAAUACAUUCUGGGCCUUAUGUUGUCAACAAUAGUCUGUCUUGCGAUCUUGGACGUGAUACUGACAACGACGAUUUCCCGGCGGUUGGAACUCCAACUAUCAGACUGGGGUGGUGGAUGUUACUCGCUAUCCCGCGACACGAUGUCUGCGUAUCCUUGGACACUUCUGGUAGCAUUCGAGCUUGAGAUCAUAGUACUCACCAUUAUUCGUGUAUAUUGGGUAUACUGCGAAGGGGGAUGUCUGCUGCUUGAUAUUCUUCUGCAACAUAGCAUUUUCUACUUCGGAACUGGGCUAACACUAUCGGUGGCCAAUAUUUUGACCAUUGAAUUCCUGCCGUACAGCUCCUCAAAUAUGUUCGGGACAUUUCAAAUCAUCAUGCAUACAAUCCUCGUUACUCGGAUGCACCUACAAUUUAGCAACACCGACCAGGUUUCCGACUCAUCUGAGUCCGGAAUCACAUCAUACUCUCAAUUGACACAGAUUGAACUUCAGACAUGUUCGCACUCAA